GUUCAUCAUGGCUGCCGUAUGUACUAGUCUGCACAGUAACGCUCUGCUCGGAGACUGACUCUCCGCUCCUUUAGUGCCUCACAUUUACUUUCUCCGCCUCGACAUUUCGGCAAAUAAUCCCGCUUGCAUGAGCCCAAACCUCCCAACCUUGUGUUGCCUCAUAAUAACCAGCCUUCAUCAAGCAUUUCGUCGGGCCUUAAACACCCCCUUAAAAAGACAGAGAGAAAAACAGGCAACAUUUUGUUUCUCCAAUGGUCUGAAUACACUUUCCGCCUUUAUGAACCAUGUGUGAGAACUGCGCCGAGCUGCUGGAGGUGCUCAAUGAGAUCUCGGAUGCAGACAGCUCAGACGGCCUGCAGCUGAAGAAGGAGCAUGCCUUAAGAGUCUUCACUUACAUCAGCACAUGGACACAGAGGCAGUGUCUGUGCUGUUUCAAGGAAUACAAACACCUCGAGGUGUUCAGCCAACUGGUUUAUGCCCUCAUUAACUUGGUCAUUGUCCAAGUAACCAACCUUAGGGACCGUCUACACAGUGGCAAUGGCAACACUAGGACAGAGGGGGCGGAGUCCGAAUGGGGCUCCGCCCAGCCACAGCCAUCGCCCAGUGAGGACGAGCCGCUGAAUGUGGAACGGGACUCGGCUGAAGAGGACGGUGGAGUGGAGGACGGAGAUCAGCACAAGAACCAAAAUGAGGGGGUCAAACCGGAUCCCCAGCCCAAGCUCAGUGAACCCACGGCGGGCGAGAGCGGGAACGACAGCGGCCUGGACCCGUUUGCAUCCUGGAGCACAGAAGACCAGGAGAAACUGCUGCUGUGUGCUGCCAAGAUCUUUCAGAUCCAGUUCCCUCUGUACACAGCCUACAAACACAACACACACCCCACUAUAGAGGAUAUCUCAGCACAAGAGAGCAAUAUCCUCGGCUCUUUCUGUGAUAUGAAUGAUGUGGAGGUCCCUCUGCACCUGCUGCGAUAUGUGUGUAUGUUCUGCGGGAAGCACGGCCUCUCUCUGAUGAAGGACUGCUUUGAGUUCGGCGCUCCUGAUACUCUCCCCUUCCCCAUCGCACAUGCCUUCAUCACCAUCGUCUCUAAUAUCAGAAUAUGGUUGCACAUUCCCGCUGUGAUGCAGCACAUCAUCCCGUUUCGCACUUAUGUUAUCAGGUAUCUGUGUAAGUUGUCGGAUCAGGAGCUGCGUCAGAGCGCGGCGCGUAACAUGGCCGAUCUGAUGUGGAGCACGGUGAAGGAGCCGCUGGACAGCGCGCUGUGUUUUGACAGAGAGAGCUUGGAUCUGGCCUUCAAAUACUUCAUGAGUCCAACGCUCACCAUGAGACUGGCCGGCCUGAGCCAGAUCACGAAUCAGCUGCACACCUUCAAUGACGUUUGUAAUAACGAGUCCCUGGUGUCUGACACUGAGACGUCGAUAGCAAAGGAACUCGCCGACUGGCUCAUCAACAACAAUGUUGUGGAGCACAUAUUUGGACCAAAUUUGCACAUUGAGAUCAUUAAACAGUGCCAAGUGAUCCUGAACUUCCUGGCAGCCGAGGGCAGGCUGAGCACUCAACAUGUGGACUGCAUAUGGGCCGCCGCUCAGCUGAAACACUGCAGUCGCUACAUCCAUGACCUGUUCCCCUCGCUCAUAAAGAACCUGGACCCUGUUCCUCUGCGACACGUGCUCAGUCUGGUGUCAGGGUUACACCCCAGCGCACACACCGAACAGACACUGUAUUUGGCGUCCAUGUUGAUCAAGGCCUUGUGGAAUAACGCUCUGGCAGCCAAAACUCAGCUGUCCAAACAGAGCUCUUUCGCCUCCCUGCUCAACACCAACAUUCCCAUGGGCAACAAGAAAGGUUCUCCUGCAGGAAGCCCAGAGAGCAGUGACAACAGCGACACGCAUCACAGUGGAGGAAGUGACAUGGAGAUGGAUGAGCCGAUCAUGAGCAGUGGAAAACGAGGGCAGCAGAGGCUGUCGGACACGGAGGAGUCUCUGCAGGGCAGCUCUGAUGAGACGGCCAACAGCGGAGAGGAGGGCAGCAGCAGCGGCCGCAGCGAGGCGUCCAGCAAUGAGGCUGGAUCCAGCCGAGCCAGCCAAUCAGCAGGCAGCCCGGGCAGCGAGCUGCACUCCGACGACAUGGCUGACAGCGAGGCCUUGAAGGAGGAGGAAGAGGAGGAGGAAGAAGAAGAGGAGGACGAUGACGAGGAUGAUGAAGACGAUGACGAGGACGAUGAAGACGACAGGCCCGCUGUCGUCUCCGAGGGCAGCCCGCAGAAAGACACCAGAGACUCCAGAGAGCCGUCUACGUCAGAGCUGCGCAAACGCAAAGCUGGUGAAGCGCUCGGAGAGGUCCAAGGUCCUCCGGAGCGACCCGGAAUUCCGCCCGGCAUUCCCGGCUCCAUCGCCUCUGCUCCCGGACUUUCCAAAACCAAAUCCAUUCCUUUCACCCCAGAGGCAGCCGCUGCCAUUGUAGCCUCGCCUUCUUCCCUUAGGAUCCUCGAGCCUUGCUCUUCUUCAUCCGUGUGCCUGGAGGGAACGUCGGGAGAGCAGGCUGAUUCCCAAUCCCAGAACCCCCAGCAACCACAGCAGGGUGGCACAGAGAUGGGCUCCUCACACGGAGCGUCUGUUUCCCAGGAGCCGCCCUGCAUGCCUCGACCAGCAGACUUCCUGACGGAGGCUAUGGGCAAUGAGCUCUUCAACUGCAGGCGUUUCAUCGGCCCUCAGCAUCACCAUCAUCAUCACCACCAUCAUCAUCAUCAUCACCACCACCAUGAUGGUCACAUAGUAGAGGACAUGCUGAGCGCCGAUGACGUGAGCUGCAGCAGUUCUCAAGUCAGCGCCAAAUCCGAGAAGAACAUGGCGGAUUUUGAUGGAGAGGAGUCUGGCUGUGAGGAGGAGCUGGUCCAGAUCAACUCACACGCAGAGCUCAGCUCGCACCUGCAGCAACACCUGCCUAAUCUGGCCUCCAUAUACCACGAACAUCUGGUGCAAGGUCCGGCGGUGCACAAACAUCAGUACUCUGCGCACGCGGUGACCGACAUCAACCUGGACAACGUCUGCAAGAAAGGCAACACCCUUCUGUGGGACCUGGUCCAGGAUGACAAUGCGAUCCACCUAUCAGAAGGCUUGAUUAAUGAGGCAGAGAAGCUGUUGUGCUCUCUGGUCUGCUGGUUCACUGACCGUCAGAUCCGCAUGCGUUUCAUCGAGGGCUGUCUGGAGAACCUCGCCAACCACCGGUCAGUGGUGGUGUCUUUGCGUUUGCUGCCGAAGCUCUUCGGGACCUUCCAGCAGUUCGGCUCCAGCUACGACACUCACUGGAUAACCAUGUGGGCGGAAAAGGAACUGCACAUGAUGAAGCUCUUUUUUGAUGAUCUGUUACACUAUAUCCAGGAAGUGAGAGAACAGCACCACAAAUUCGCUCUGUACAGUCACAGUGCAGAGGUGCAGGUGCGUCUGCAGUUCCUCACCUGUGUGUUCUCAACGCUCGGAUCACCUGACCACUUCAGGUUGAGUCUGGAGCAGGUGGACAUCCUGUGGCACUGUUUAGUGGAGGACUCCGAGUGUUACGACGACGCCCUGCACUGGUUCCUAAACCAGGUCCGCAGUAAAGACCAGCACGCCAUGGGCAUGGAGACAUACAAACACCUCUUCCUGGAGAAGAUGCCUCAGCUGAAGCCGGAGACGAUCAGUAUGACGGGACUCAAUUUGUUUCAGCAUCUGUGCAAUCUGGCUCGUCUGGCCACCAGCGCCUACGACAGCAGCUCCAACUGCGAGUUGUGUGGUAUGGAUCAGCUGUGGGGAAUCGCGUUGAGGGCUCAGUCUGCAGACAUCAGCCGCGCUGCCAUCCAGUACAUCAACUCCUAUUACAUCAGCGGUAAGACGGGUCUGGAGAAGGAGCAGGAGUUCAUCAGUAAGUGUAUGGAGAGCUUGAUGAUGGCGUCUGCUAACCUGGAGAAAGACGCCCACUCCAGCCUGACCAUCAUAGAGAGAGGACUGCUGCUGCUCAAAACACACCUGGAGGCCUUCAGACGCAGGUUUGCGUAUCACCUGCGGCAGUGGCAGAUCGAGGGCACGGGCAUCAGCAGUCAUCUGAAAGCUCUCAGUGAUAAACAGUCUCUCCCGCUCAGGAUCGUGUGUCAGCCAGCAGGACUGCCUGACAAGAUGACCAUCGAGAUGUACCCCAGCGAUCAGGUGGCUGAUCUGAGGGCAGAGGUCACGCACUGGUAUGAGAAUCUUCAGAAGGAUCAGCUCAGCCAGCAGGCACAGCUGCAGGAGUUCGGUCAAACCAGCCGCCAGCAGGACUUCCCAGGUGGUCUGAUGGGUCCGGUGCGCAUGAUCUCAUCAGGACACGAGCUGACCACUGACUAUGAUGAGAAGACCCUUCACGAGCUCGGCUUCAAGGACAUGCAGAUGGUGUUCGUGUCUCUGGGCGCUCCGCGGAGGGAGAGGAAGGGCGAGGGAGUCCAACUGCCGGCGUCGUGUCUGCCGCCCCCUCAGAAAGAGCACAUCCCCAUGCUGCUGCUCCUGCAGGAGCCCCAUCUCACCACCCUCUUCGACCUACUGGAGAUGCUGGCCUGCUUCAAGCCGCCAGGCCCCGACAGACCCCAGCAUAGCACUGAGAGUGUUCGCUGUGAGGAGCUGCACCUCCACGCAGAGAAUCUGUCCCGUCGUGUGUGGGAGCUGCUCAUGCUUCUGCCCACGUGUCCCAGCAUGCUCCAGGCCUUCCAGAACAUCUCCGAUGACACGGGAUCUGACGGUUUGUGCUGGAAGGAUCUGUUGAGGAUCAAGAGCCCUCAUAAGCUGCUCUACGCUUUAGAAAUCAUAGAGGCCCUCGGCAAACCCAACCGCAGGAUUCACCGCGAGUCUACGGGCAGUUACAGUGAUCUGUAUCCAGACUCUGACGACUCCAGUGAGGAACAGAUCGAGAACAGCAAGAACACUUGGAGCUGUAAGUUUGUGUCGUCUGGAGGUCUUCAGCUUCUGCUGGACAUUUUUAACUCUGCAAUUUUAGAGCCGAAAGAGCAAGAAUCCUGGACUGUGUGGUUGUUGGACUGUCUCGCGUGUCUGCUGAAGCUCAUUUGUCAGUUUGCGGUGGAUCCGGCCGAUCUGGACUUGGCCUAUCAUGACGUUUUCGCCUGGUCUGGUCUCACGGACACACAGAGGAAGAGGGCGUGGCCAGGGAAGUCCCGCAAAACCGCCGGGGAUCAUGGGAAGGGCCUGCAUAUACCUCGUCUCACAGAGGUUUUUCUAAGUCUUGUUCAAGGCACAAACCUCAUCCAGCGGCUCAUCAACGUGGCCUACACAUACGACAAUCUGGCGCACAGGGUUUUAAAGGCUCAAUCAGAUCACAGAUCCAGACACGAGGUGACUCAUUACUCCAUGUGGCUGCUGGUGAGCUGGGCUCACUGCUGUUCUCUGGUGAAAUCCAGCUUGGCUGAUAGUGAACAUCUGCACGACUGGCUAAAGAAGCUCACGCUGCUCAUACCUGAGACGGCGGUGCGUCAGGAGGCGUGCAGUGGUCUGUAUAAGCUGUCUCUGUCAGGUCUGGAGGGAGGAGAAUCCAUCAAUAGAUCCUUCCUGCUGCUCGCAGCGUCCACACUGCUCAAGUUCCUGCCAGACGCACAAGCGCUUAAACCCCUGAGACUGGAGGAUUUUGAGGAGGAGGCCAUGUUUCACACCGGCUGUAAGGAGUAUUUCUGGCUGCUCUGUAAACUCAUUGACAACAUCCACGUGAAAGACGCCAGUCAGACCACCCUGCUGGACCUGGACGCUCUGGCGCGACACCUCGCCGACUGCAUCCGCAGUCGUGAGAUUUUGGACCAGCAGGAUGGGGCGAUCGAGGACGACGGUCUGACGGGUCUCCUGCGUCUCGCCACCAGCGUCCUGAAGCACAAACCUCCCUUUAAGUUUUCUCGGGAGGGUCAGGAGUUCCUCAGGGACACGUAUGACCUGCUGUUCCUGCUGCCCAGCCUGAAGGACCGGCAGCAGCCCAAAUGCAAGAGUCCCGCGGCCCGCGCCGCGGCCUACGACCUGCUGGUGGAGGUGGUCAAGGGUUCGGUGGAGAACUACAGACUGCUGCACAACUGGGUCAUGUCGCAGCACAUGCAGGCGUCUCAUGCUCCGUAUAAAUGGGAUUACUGGCCUCAUGAUGAUGUCAGAGCCGAGUGCCGUUUUGUGGGAUUGACUAACCUUGGCGCCACGUGUUACCUGGCCUCCACCAUUCAACAGCUCUACAUGAUCCCAGAGGCCAGACAGGCCGUCUUUACUGCUAAAUAUUCAGAGGACAUCAAGCAUAAGACCACAUUGCUGGAGCUGCAGAAGAUGUUCACUUAUCUAAUGGAGAGUGAGAGGAAGGCGUAUAACCCUCGUCCCUUCUGUAAGACCUACACGAUGGACAAACAGCCUCUGAACACAGGAGAGCAGAAAGACAUGACCGAGUUCUUCACAGACCUCAUCACCAAGAUAGAGGAGAUGUCUCAGGACCUGAAAAACACAGUCAAAACGCUGUUUGGAGGCAUCAUCACCAACAAUGUGGUUUCACUGGACUGUGAUCACGUGAGUCAGACGGCUGAGGAGUUUUACACAGUCAGAUGUCAGGUGGCCGAUAUGAAGAACAUCUAUGAGUCUCUGGACGAGGUGACCAUUAAGGACACUCUGGAGGGUGAUAACAUGUACACCUGCUCUCAGUGUGGGAAGAAAGUCCGUGCUGAAAAACGGGCUUGUUUUAAGAAGCUCCCGCGGAUCUUGAGCUUUAACACCAUGCGCUAUACAUUCAACAUGGUGACCAUGAUGAAGGAAAAAGUAAACACGCACUUUUCUUUCCCGCUGCGGCUCGACAUGACGCCGUACACCGAGGACUUCCUCAUGGCCAAGGGAGACAGGAAGGAAGGUUUCCGUGAUGACAGUGAUGCCAAAGUGGCGGAGAGUUACGAGUAUGACCUCAUCGGUGUGACGGUGCACACGGGCACGGCGGACGGCGGCCAUUAUUACAGCUUCAUCAGGGACAUCGUCAACCCGCACGCUUACCGCAAUAACAAGUGGUACCUGUUUAACGACGCUGAGGUGAAGUCGUUUGAUUCGGCUCAGCUGGCCUCAGAAUGUUUUGGUGGAGAGAUGACGACAAAAACAUAUGACUCUGUCACAGACAAGUUCAUGGAUUUCUCCUUUGAGAAGACCCACAGUGCCUACAUGCUGUUCUAUAAGAGAGUGGAGGUGGAGGAGGAGAAUGAGAAGGACUUGAACUUUGACAUUUCUCCUGACCUUCUGGAGUGGAUCUGGCACGACAACAUGCAGUUUCUCCAGGACAAGAACAUCUUUGAACACACAUACUUUGGUUUUAUGUGGCAGCUGUGCAGCAGUAUUCCCAGCACUUUACCCGAUCCGAAAUCCGUGUCGCUCAUGACGGCUAAGCUCAGCACAUCGUUUGUUCUGGAGACAUUCAUCCACUCCAAAGAAAAGCCCACAAUGCUGCAGUGGAUCGAACUCUUGACCAAACAAUUUAACAAUAGCCAAGCUGCCUGCGAGGUAACACACACACACACACACACACUUUACAUCUAUGCUAUUCUCAUCAAGUGUCCCAAUCAGAUUGUACGUCAGAUGUUUCAGAGGUUGUGUAUUCACGUGAUCCAGCGCCUCAGACCGGUCCACGCUCACCUGUACCUGCAGCCGGGCAUGGAGGACGGCUCUGAUGAUAUGGACGGGCCGGUGGAGGACAUCGGCAGCCGCUCAUGUGUGACGCGGUUCGUCAAAACGCUGCUGUCAAUCAUGGAGCACGGAGUGAAGCCGCACAGCAAACAUCUGACUGAAUACUUUGCCUUCCUCUAUGAGUUUGCCAAAAUGGGAGAAGAGGAGAGUCAGUUCCUCUUGUCUUUGCAAGCCAUUUCUAUAAUGGUGCAUUUCUACAUAGGCACUAAAGGACCUGAAAAUCCUCAGGUGGAGGUGUUAUCUGAGGAGGAGGAGGGUGAGGAGGAUGAAGAGGAGGACAUCCUCUCACUGGCGGAGGAGAAGUACAGGCCAGCCGCUCUGGAGAAGAUGAUCGCGCUCAUAGCUCUGCUGGUGGAGCAGUCCAGAUCCGAGAGACACUUGACUCUGUCUCAGAGUGACAUGGCCGCACUGACCGGAGGAAAAGGCUUCCCCUUCCUGUUCCAGCACAUCAGAGACAGCAUCAACAUCCGACAGACUUGCAACCUCAUAUUCAGCCUCUGCAGAUACAACAACCGCCUGGCUGAACAUAUCGUGUCAAUGCUGUUCACCUCCAUCGCUAAACUGACCCCAGAGGCGGCAAAUCCGUUCUUCAAGCUGCUGACGAUGCUGAUGGAGUUUGCUGCAGGUCCUCCGGGAAUGCCCUCGUUUGCGUCCUACAUCCUGCAGAGGAUCUGGGAGGUGAUCGAGUAUAACCCGUCUCAGUGUUUGGACUGGUUGGCCGUUCAGACUCCGCGUAAUAAGCUGGCUCACAGCUGGGUCCUGCAGAACAUGGAGAACUGGGUGGAGAGGUUUCUGCUGGCGCACAACUACCCACGAGUCCGAACAUCUGCGGCGUAUCUGCUGGUGUCUCUCAUCCCGAGCAACUCCUUCCGUCAGAUGUUCCGCUCCACGCGCUCUCUUCACAUCCCCACGCGGGACCUCCCACUGAGUCCCGACACCACCGUGGUUCUGCACCAGGUCUACAAUCUGCUCCUGGGCCUGCUGGGCCGGGCCAAGCUCUACGUGGACGUGCCGGUGCACGGGACCACCAAACUGGUGCAGUACUUCAGCUUCAUGACCUACUGCCUCAUCUCCAAAACCGAGAAGCUCAUGUUCUCCAGCUACUUCAUGGACCUUUGGAACCUCUUCCAGCCUAAGUUAUCAGAGCCAGCCAUCGCCACGAAUCACAACAAGCAAGCGCUUCUGUCCUUCUGGUAUAACGUCUGCAUGGACUGCAGUGAGAACGUGCGUCUCAUCGUCCAAAACCCAGUCGUCACAAAAAACAUCGCCUUCAACUACAUCCUAGCUGAUCACGAUGAUCAGGAGGUGGUGCUGUUCAACCGCGGUAUGCUGCCGGCGUAUUACGCCAUCCUGCGCAUGUGCUGCGAGCAGUCGCCCACCUUCACCCGCCAGCUGGCCUCACACCAGAACAUACAGUGGGCCUUCAAAAACCUCACGCCCCACGCCAGCCAGUACCCAGGGGCGGUGGAGGAGUUGUUUAACCUGAUGCAGUUGUUUGUGGCUCAGAGGCCUGAUAUGAGAGAGGAAGAGCUGGAGGAUGUAAAGCAGUUCAAGAAGACCACCAUCAGCUGUUACCUGCGCUGUCUGGACGGACGCUCCUGCUGGACCACUCUCAUCAGUGCCUUCCGUAUUCUGCUGGAGAACGAUGAGGACAGACUGCUGGUGGUGUUCAACAGAGGCCUCAUCCUCAUGACUGAGUCCUUCAACACCCUGCACAUGAUGUACCAUGAGGCUACUGCGUGUCAUGUGACCGGAGAUCUAGUGGAGCUGCUGUCCAUCUUCCUGUCUGUUUUAAAGGCAACGCGACCCUACUUACAGCGCAAAGAUGUGAAGCAGGCAUUGAUCCAGUGGCAGGAGAGGAUUGAUUUCGCUCAUAAGCUGCUGACGCUGCUGAACUCUUACAGCCCACCUGAGCUGCGUAACGCCUGUCUGGAUGUGCUGAAGGAGCUGGUGCUCUUGAGUCCUCAUGACUUUCUGCACACGCUCGUGCCCUUCCUGCAGCACAACCACUGCACUUACCACCACAGCAACAUCCCCAUGUCGUUUGGCCCGUAUCUGCCCUGUAGAGAGAAUAUCAAGCUGAUGGGUGGAAAGAACAACAUUCGACCUCCCAGACCGGAGCUCAACAUGUGCCUGCUGCCCUCGAUGGUGGAGACCAGUAAGGGUAAAGAUGAGGUGUAUGACAGGAUGUUGUUGGACUACUUCCUGUCGUAUCAUCAGUUCAUUCACCUGCUCUGCCGAGUUGCCAUCAACUGUGAGAAGUUCACUGAGACUCUGGUGAAACUCAGCGUGUUGAUAGCAUAUGAAGGACUUCCUCUACACCUGGCUCUCUUUCCAAAACUAUGGACAGAACUUGCUCAGUCUCAGUGUGCGAUGGCUCAGUCGUGUGUGAAGCUGUUGUGUGAGGAUCCAGCGUUUGGAGAAUACAUGAAAUGCAUCCUGAUGGACGAGAGAAACUUCCUGAACAACAACAUCGCCUACUCCUUCCUCACCUGCUUCUUACAUAAAGUGCAGGUGCAGGUGUUAUCAGGCCAAAGCUGCUCGAAUCUCGUCAACGUGUUGGUGACCAACCUACUGAACGAGUACCACAGCCUGCAGCCUGAGCUGACCAAUCAGAGAGCAGAGUUGAGCAAGACCAGCAGCCUCCUGAACGCAGAUCUGCGUGCGCUGCUGCUGGUGCUGUCAGUUUACGCCCCUCAGCAGCUGGAUCCUGCUUUAGGUCCGGCUCUACAGGAGCUGCUGUCCAAAUGCAGACUGUGUCUGCAGCACCGCACCACUUUAGAGAUGGAGGCCAAGGAACGCAAAGCCAAAGUGGAAGAGGAAGGUGUCACUCCAGUGAAGCGCCGGCGGGUGAGCAGCAGUGCUGAAGAUCGGCCGGCAGACAGCAUCUGUCCUCCAUCUGUUUCCUCCUCAUUGGCUCCCUGCUCGGAGCAGAAGGCGGAGCCAGGGGAGGCAUUAACGCCCACCAGCACUUCGGACACCGAAACCCGAGACUCCUCCCUCAUCGACCCGGGAGUGGAAAACGACCCACCCUCUCCUGACAGUGCGUCCCUCGAGGAGAAGAAAAUGGAUAUUUCUUCUUCAUCUUCAUCAUCAUCUUCGUCAUCAUCCUCCUCCCUUCCUGAAGCGUUUGGCCGAGCGGACGAACCUCCACCGCAGAGAGCUGGAAGAGAGGAGGAGGAAGAGGAAGAUGGGCGGAAGGAAGUGCAAGAGCAGGAGGCGGAGCCAGAGCGAGAGGAAGUGCCCUCCACUUCCUCCUCCUCCUCCUCCGCUGACUCGGUGCUUUUACUCUCCAGCCUGCCGGAUGCUGCCGAGGGGCGGAGCUGCUCGCUUCAGGAGGCGGAGUCAGGCGGGUGUGGCCACGCCCCCGUGCAGGAUGCUCUGGAGAUGCUGUCGCGCACAGUCGAGGCCACGAUUGCUGUGGUUGCCAAACUUUCGAACGGGAAAGGAGGGACACGCCCCUCAGCUUUGUGACGUUACUAUCGCAUCCCUCCUUUUUCGCAUUUCACAUUUUCACGUUCGCCAUGCUGUUCAGUUUUGUCUUUUUAAGAGUAGUUGGACAUAGUAAUUGAAGUCCAACUUUUUUUUUUUUUUUUUCCGCUCUUUGGCCUCGCUCUUUAUCUGUUUUAGGUUGCAACACAAAAAGUUCAGUUUUCCGGUUCCAGAAAACUGAGCUCUGCAUUAAUUGUACAGAACGAAAAAAAACAAGUGGAGUGUAUUUUUGUCAAAGGGCAGUUUUUUUCUUUUUUAAACCGUGAUUUUGUUGGUUUCUUUGUUUUGAAGUGGUUUGUUUUCAAGGCUGCAGUGAAACAGGGAAAAGGUUUACAA